GGUCAGCAACAUAAUUUGAAAGAAUCUCUUCCCAUCGGGCAUCGUAUACUAUCUCCGCAGCUACUUGCAGAAACCCCCUCUCUCCCCCUCCGGCAAUGGCUAUGCCUCAGAAUCACCUUUUCCAACAACAGCUGCAAUCUAAACCCUUCAGAAAUUUGUACAACGUUGACAGCCAGAUUUCGCCGCCGGUGGCGUACUUCAGCGGCCACAAUCUUCCCGAUCAGUCCCAGGACCAUCCUCCGUAUAUCCCUCCUUUUCACGUGGCUGGGUUCGCGCCCGGUCCGGGCCCUGCCGCAGACGGCAGUGACGGUGGACUCGAAUUGCAAUGGAACUAUGUCUUGGAACCAGUGAAGAAGAGGUUGAAAGAGCAGGAUUUCUUGGAGAACAAUUCACAGAUUUCGUCCGUGGACUUCUUUCAGGCCCGAUCGGUCUCCACAGGUUUGGGCUUGUCACUGGACAAUGGUCGCUUGGCUUCGUCAGGCGACUCGCCUUUUCCCGGCCUUUUCGGAGAUGACAUUGAUCUCGAGUUACAGCGCCAGGAUGCUGAGAUUGCUAGAUUUCUCAAAGUUCAGGGUGACCGGUUGAAACAAGAAGUCCUAGAGAAGGUUCAGGCAAACCAGCUUCAAGUUCUUUCAUAUGUAGAAGAUAAAGUCAUCCAAAAGCUCCGUGAGAAAGAAGCAGAGGUGGAAAACAUCAAUAAGAAAAAUAUGGAGCUUGAAUUGCAAAUGGAGCAGUUGGCUAUGGAAGCAGGUGCUUGGCAAGAACGGGCCAAAUACAAUGAAAACAUGAUUAACACCCUUACAUUCAAUCUUCAGCAAGUCUAUGCUCAGAAUAAAGAAAGUAAGGAAGGGUGUGGUGACAGUGAGGUUGAUGAUACAGCCUCUUGCUGCAAUGUCCGUGCUAUUGAUUUCCACCUUCUUCGCAAGGAGAAUAACGCAAGGAAGGGUUUGAUUACUUGUAAGGUUUGUAGAGUUAAUGAAGCUUGCAUGCUUUUGUUACCUUGUAAGCAUCUUUGCCUGUGUAAAGAAUGCGAGGGUAAGCUUGGUAUCUGCCCAUUGUGUCAGACCCCGAAGUAUACUGGCUUUGAGGUCUAUAUGUAAUAGGACGCUGUGAAAGUCUAAUGAGAUGUUAAUUCUAUAUGCAUUUCUGUAGUUAUUACUAUAGUUAUUCUUUGU